GAGCACCCAAACCAAGAAGCAGAUACACCUGCAAAGAAUAAAUAUCAAUCGGAUUUUACAGUAUGUGCGGCAAAAGGAAGCUAUACCCCUUAUUGCCGCAUUAGCCUCGUGGAAUGCCCCUUUAAAGAGCUGGAAUAGAAUUACAAGAGCAGCAAUGCCCUCUUAUUGCCGCAUUAGCCUCGUGGAAUGCCGUGCUGAAAGCGAACGAGCGAACGAGAGAGGCCAAUUUAGAAGAGAAAUUAUUGCCUAAGCUUGCGAUGCACGAGCAGAGGACGCAGGAGUCACGUUUUUUCGGUUAGAUAAAUUCUUGAGUGGUUAGAUCAGGAAAAAAAUAAAUAUUUAUUUUAAUUUUAAGACUUUACAGAUUAAUGCCAAUUUUUCAAUACAGAUGGAUUAAUGUUAUCUUGGAAUGCACUUGGUAGAGAAGUUAAGUGGCAAGAUAUCCUUCAAGACAAGGAGUCAUCCUUCUGCUGUCGGGCUUCUCAAAAAAAAUAAACCAACCCUCAAUAACCAACUAAAAAGCGACAUUAUCAACCAUAGGCCUCGAUAUCUAGAUGCUAGAUCACGCUGUGCUCUCAUCGAUCACUAAUCUAAGAGGCAAUCGUCAGUGAAUUAUCCUCCACCAAAUACGCUUAGCAUCCAAGUCAUAGUAUCAAAAAGGAGGUUUCCCCGGCUUCCUUAAACUCAACAUUCAACUCGAAAUAGAGAUUGGAGAUGUGUGGCUCCUGUAUGAAUAAUUAUGCUCUAAUGAUCUCUAAUGAUGAAUCAACUUCCAAUGAAAUUUGUUUAGUUGUUAAUGCAACAUCUAAGAUUGUUUUGAUUACUUUCAUGGAAGGACGAAGACAAGCAAUAGACAAAAAAACAAUGGAAUGAGGGCCCCCGGUGCCUAUGGCUUCUCCCGUGCGGAAAUGACACCCAGUGCAGCUAGCAACCAAAUUGAACGUAUUAACCUGAUCAGGUCCAAAAUCGAAGUCAAAACCUUGUUAGGAUCUGGGCAUCAACCUCAUACUUAAAAAUCCAAUAAACUGACUGACUUAUUAUGUAAUAUGAUUUGGGAUAUGAUCUGGGUUGGGUUCCGAUAUGGAUGCAGCCGCACUGACCUGAAGCGCCGUGUCCCGUUCCAAACAUGAUUCCGUGUCGUCCCUUCCGACUCCUUCAACAUAACACGUAUGCCCGGCCCUCGCCAGGUGUCAAUUAAUGCCCCAACCGCCUCUCAGGCACCGCGCCAAACCGCUGCCCCACUCUUCUGGUUUCUUAAACCGUUCUGUUCCUCCCCCUUCUCCCACACUUCAAUUUUCGUUCCAAACGCAGAGGAAAUAGAACAUCAUUUAUACUAGCUUCCACGAAUCUUUUCGUAGAUGGCUUCCCAGACAGGAUGCUCCAUGGAAGAAGAGCACGCGGAGAGAACAAACAUGUCUCCAGAGGAGAUCGGAAAGUACCGAGCCACUGCGCAGCAGAACUCCAUCGACGCCAUUCGGGCCGCGGAGGAGCGCUACCAGAAAGCCAAGCAGUCCGGCGCCUCAACUUACCUGGCCGCCAAGGGUACCGAGGCGAAGGGAACCGCAGCGAAGGACUAUGUUGCGGAGAAGGGCCAGCAGGGCUACCACGCUGCCGUUCAGGGUACCCGUGCUGCUGCCGAUGUCACUGCAGAGAAGGCCUCUGCUGCCAAGGAUAUUGCGAUGGAGAAAGGCCGGCGGGGGUAUGAUGCAGCAAGGGAUACUGCAGUCCACGCUGCAGUGAAGGCCAAGGAUGUCACUGUGAAUGCCGGUGAAAGUGCAGCCGAUUAUGCGAAGCAAGCUGCCGAGAAGGCCAGAGAUAUGACGAUGAGCACCGGAAAGACUGCUGCGGAUUAUGCACAAGAGGCUGCAGUGAAAGCCAAAGAUGCGGCCAUGGACGCUAGAAAGCGUGCCGCAGAUCAUGCGCAGCAGGCAGCGGUGAAGACCGAAGACGAGACAGUAGAAACUGGAAAAAGUGCUGCGGAUUAUGCACAGAAGGCAGCAGCGAAGGCCAAAGAUGCAACCGUGAGCACUGGUAAGAGUGCAGCAGACUAUGCCCGAGAGAAGGGGAUGGGAGCCAAGGAUGCAACCGCCGGUGCAGGUCAGAAGGCUAUGAAGUAUGGUGGCCUAAAAGCAGGGGAGGCAAAGGAGGCAGCACAGGGUACAGGACAGAAAACCAAGGAGUUGGAAGAGCAGAAAGCAGAUGAAUCGAAGGAGACGGCCAAGGAGUCCACCCAGCAAGCCAAAGAAUAUGCUGAACCGAAAUCUACCGAAGCAAAGAAAAAGCUCAGGGAACAGACACAGGAGGCACAGGAGAAACUUCAGAAUCUCUCACUCAGUGGAGAGGAAGAGGCUGGUGGGGAUGGAGGCUCCGAAGAACCUGAUGAACAAAAGAAGCAAGGGAAGAUGGAGCACGAGCACAGGGAAAAACGAGAGAGCCGAGAGGCUCCAGUGCAGCAAACAGAACUGGUAGUGGAAGAGAAGAGUGCAGGCACCACUGCUGUCGGAAACUUGUGUGAAGCUGUGGGUGCAGCUGUAAUUGGAGCAGCGCGGUCUGCCAAGGAGCUGGUUAUGGGAAGACAGCCGGAGGAGAGGUAAGAGUGAACAAAUGCGAAUGCAUGAAGCAACAGUUAGUUUGAACUCUGAAGCUUUCCUUGUAAAGUUUGGUGUCUUAUAAUAAUGUAAAUAGAACGGGGAUGAACGUGUAGAUGAAAUUGCUUUCGCAGUUAG